ACUGAGAGAAAGAGGCGUUCAGUCGAUGAGAGUUUGACUCAAAAAUCAAUAACAAGUCCGACAUCGCAGUCACCAUCUGAUCCAUAUUUAACCGCCGAAGAUGUUUCUCGAGAGUAUGUUCAACUCAGACAACGGUUAUCUGGAGGCACUCGUGCGUGGCUUCAAGUGCGGAAUCCUCCGUCAGUCGGAUUACCUAAAUCUGGUGCAAUGCGAGUCUCUGGAGGACCUGAAGCUGCACCUCCAGAGCACAGACUACGGCAACUUCUUGGCCAAUGAGGUGUCGCCCAUCAACGUGUCCACCAUCGACGACAAGCUGCGCGAGAAGUUGGUGAUCGAGUUCCAGCACAUCCGCAACCACGCCGUGGAACCGUUGGCCACAUUCCUCGAUCACAUCCAGUACUCCUAUAUGAUCGACAACAUCAUACUUCUCAUCACCGGUACUCUGCAUCAGCGGCCGCUGUCAGAGCUGAUCCCGAAGUGUCACCCCUUGGGUUCGUUCGACCAGAUGGAGGCCAUUCACGUGGCGGCCACACCGGCAGACCUGUACAACGCCGUCCUCGUGGACACACCUCUGGCGCCCUUCUUCGUCGACUGCAUCGGUGAACAGGAUUUGGACGAAAUGAAUGUCGAAAUCAUUCGCAACACUCUAUAUAAGGCUUAUUUGGAGUCCUUCUACAAGUUCUGCAAAGACCAGAUCGGGGGCAUCACCGCCGAUGUCAUGUGCGAGAUAUUGGCCUUCGAGGCGGACAGGCGUGCGUUCAUCAUAACGAUCAACUCGUUCGGCACCGAACUGUCCAAAGAGGACAGGGCUAAGCUGUACCCGAAUUGCGGCAGACUAUACCCGGACGGGUUGGCAGCCCUGGCCCGCGCCGACGACUACGAGCAGGUGCGCUCUGUGGCCGAGUAUUACGGAGAGUACAAAGUGCUGUUCGAAGGCCAGGGCCAGUCUGGAGGGGCGGCCGGCGGUGAGGACAAGACCCUGGAGGACAAGUUCUUCGAGCACGAGGUGAGCCUCAAUGUGAACGCCUUUAUGCAACAGUUCCACUUCGGGGUCUUCUACUCGUACCUCAAACUCAAGGAACAGGAGUGCCGUAACAUCGUGUGGAUCAGCGAGUGUGUGGCCCAGAAGCACAAGGCCAAGAUCGACAACUAUAUACCCAUAUUCUAGAUACCGGUGCUCUCGCGCGCCACGCCAACCAUUGUGUAGCCCUUUAAACCUUUGGUUUACUUUUUUUUCGGUCAUUUCUGUCCCGAAAUGAUUUGCUCUUCAAAUAGUGAUUUCGAAACUCCCGAUCCGUAUAAACCGUUUCAAUAGUGUUUCCAUUCAUUUUGGUCAUACAUUCCAGACUCCCAGCCCUCCCGAACCUGUUUUUAAUUAAUCUGUUUACUAUUCUCUCUGAUUUCCGCAUAUUUUUCUAAGAUUUGUUUGAAUUUUUAUCAAUUCAUUCAAACGAUUACUGUUUGUAUUCAUUAUAAGAAAGUUAUUAUUGAAACUAAUUAUUGAUUUUUAUUUAUAUUAUUAUUAUUAUUGUGUAAAUCAAGAGUUUAAUUAAACGUACAUUUUGUGCG